UAAUAAUUCCCAAAAUCAAAAAUCAAUAGUACUAUGUGCUCAUAGACCUCAAAAUAAAAAAAAAAUAAGUAUUUAAAACCAAAAAACUAAAACUAAAACUAUUUUAUCUAUUUUCACCAAGCCAGGCUCUGUACCCGUUCAUACUAAUCUCUCCAUUGUAUUUCCUUUCUAUAUCAUCCACACGACGUUACCUUCAACUCAAAUACCCGUUCAUACUUCCAUCAACAUCCCAAUUCACCACUUUCUUCUUCAUGUAUUCUACUUAAGCACCCCCGUAUCAAUUAAAUUUCGGAAAUUCUUCAAUUAAGGAAAAAAAAAAUUCUCAUUUCUUAACAUAAAAUCCAAAUCUAACCAUUAAUGGAAACAGAAAAUGGUUCGACGGCAUCGGGUUUUAGUUAUCUCGGCAUAAAUUUCGGCGACCUUACGAUUAACGAUAAUUCUUCCUCCGCCUUCAGUGAUUGUAAUAGUGACAGGUCCGGUGAAUUCGCUUCUGCAUCAUCGGAAAGUCGCCGGAAACUAUUGCUUUCUUGCACCGGCGAUGAUUUUUCUGAUGAAUUUAUUCAACAAUUAGUAUACAGCUUAAACUCUUCUUCAAUUGAAGAACAAAAACAAGCCGCCAUGGAAAUUCGUCUAUUAGCUAAAAAUAAACCGGAAAAUCGGCUAAAAAUCGCUCAAGCCGGUGCAAUUAAACCGCUUGUUUCUCUUAUUCUGUCAUCAGAUCUUCAGCUUCAAGAAUACGGUGUGACAGCGAUUCUGAAUCUUUCGCUGUGCGAUGAAAACAAAGAUCAUAUUACUUCAUCCGGCGCAAUCAAGCCGUUGGUUCGAGCGUUACGAAUCGGAACAUCGACGGCGAAGGAAAACGCAGCGUGUGCGCUUCUGAGAUUAUCACAAAUCGAUGAGAAUAAAUCAUUAAUCGGACGAUCAGGAGCAAUUCCCGCAUUAGUACAUCUGUUAGAAAACGGAGGCUUAAGAGCGAAGAAGGAUGCAUCAACUGCACUGUAUUCAUUGUGUUCUGUUAAAGAGAAUAAAAGGAGAGCAAUUGAAGCAGGUAUUAUGAAACCUUUGAUUGAAUUAAUGGCGGAUUUUGGGGCGAAUAUGGUGGAUAAAUCGGCGUAUGUAUUGAAUUUAUUGAUGGUGUUGCCGGAAGCGAAGGUGGCGUUGGUAGAAGAAGGGGGAAUUCCGGUGUUGGUGGAAAUAGUUGAGGUUGGGACACACCGUCAGAAGGAGAUUGCGGCGGCGAUAUUGUUGCAAUUGUGUGAAGAUAGUGGUGUUUAUAGGACGAUGGUGGCGCGUGAAGGGGCAAUUCCGCCGUUGGUUGCUUUGUCUCAGUCGGGUACUAGUCGGGCCAGGAAGAAGGCAGAGACAUUGAUUGAACUUCUACGGCAACCAAGAUCCGGCAACGCCGCUGCCAGAGACAUUUGAUUCUGUCAGUCAUUUUUCUAUUCCACAUGCCCUCCUUCCUCUAUCCAUCAUAUUGGAGUGUCUUUUUCUGUGUCUUUUUUAAAACCUUUGUGGUUGUGAUAUUUUAAUCAAUUAGUAUAUCAUGAAGUGACACCUUAGCUAUGAUAAAAUGCCUUUUUUUGGUACCGGUGUAGCAGCGUAGGGAUCGAAGACGCUAAGGGUUGUGUUUGAUGUACGGAGUGUAAAUAUGUUUUAAAAGUUGUUUGUAACAUAAUAUGUCUUAGAUGGGGAGGAGAAAAUAUGGAAUCAAAUGAGAAGAAAAUGAGGACAUGUGGAUCUGCUCGUGGAGACAAUACAUGUAUGUCUCAAUUUGGAUAAAGAUGUUAUGUCUUUCAAACUUAUUUAGGAGAAGAAAAUACAACAAUUUUAUCGAUACAUUGAACACAAAAGAGAGCCAAGGCAGAUUAACCAAACAAAAUGAUGGAAAACAACGUAGAGCGUAAAUAGUUUGUUUUGAAGUUUGUAAACAUAAUCAAUUGAGCAAAAAAGUUUGUGUAAAAUGACAGAAUCUUUUUUUUUAAUUUUUAAUUUUUAUUUAGGGUAUAUUUUUAUGUUUCCUUUCUUGGAAGAAUUUUUUUACAAUUAAAUAUGAGUGGAUGUGCAAACUUGUGCAUUUCGGUAAAAGAAA